AUGAUGCUGAGGUCUCCUCUGCCGGCGGCUGCAGCUUCUCACACAGCCUCUCAUGUUUCGCUCCCUCUUUUCUUCUUCUUUUUAACUAGCGCGCGGGGAGGUGCUGCCACAGCGCGCCCCUUGACGUCACCGCUUCUCGCGCGCCCCCGCCCAGGGUGGGGGGAAGGGGAGGGGGCAGCCCCCGCGCGAGCGCGUCCCCCGGGCCCCGGCGGCCUCCCUGCUGCGGCGGGGAGGGGCGGCUGGCAGCGACGGCAGCGGACGGAGGGGGAGGGCCGCGAGCGUUCGGAGCCAGCCUCGAGGGUGCUGAACCCAGCGCGCCCGCCUCGCCGCGGCGCCCAGGUGGGGGCGUCCACGGCCCCGGUUCCCGGCGGGCUUGGGGCAGGGGCGCAGUCCGGAGAUUCCGGGACUGCCCGGCUGCUGCAGCCCGCAGGCUCCUCUCUCCUCCACGCUUCCCCUCCGCAUCGCCUGGGCUAAAGGCGGCCAAGCAGAGGCUCCGAGAGAAAAGGGAAAAUUGCAACCCUUGCCUACAACCAGACUGACAGCAUAAUUUCUUAGGAAUCAAGAAUCAACACAGGUUUAUUUCUUUAGAUUAAACCUUGAAAGCCCCCUUGGAGGCUGAAGGAACAGAGGAUAGCCAUGCAUACACUUGAACAUGAAAAAUGGUCCUCUUUCAUUGGAGAGGUCUCCCUCUUCAGCUAAACAGACAGAGUGGUGAAAAGAAGAAGGGACCCCUUCCUGACGAAAAUAAUCCAGACAAAUCAAAUUGGCCUUUUCUAGCAAGGAAUGGAACAACCCAAGGAUGGCUAGAUCACAUCUGCUCACACCACCACUGAGUAAUCCUCUCCAGAACUGCCACCUAUGUGCAGGUCAUGGCCUGUGCAAGAGCACCUAAAGUGGGAGCUGAAGUCCUGCCCAGGCUCCGUUCACCAAGCAGAGUUUAUGUUGCUGUGUGUCUGUGUCUACCCAGAGGAUGUGGGUCCUUUUUAAAAUGUACACCAAAUCAUUGUGUAUGAGCCAGCACCAGCUUGGACCAUCCCUCCCUCAUAGGUCCUAUCCAGAGUUAUAUUCCCUACUUUAGAAGAAUUAAUUAUUUUCAUGAAUGUAUUUAAUUGAUUGUAAAAAAUGAAAUAUGUGACAUAAAUUGAAAUUAAUUUCAGAAGUAAAGGUCAAAAUAUCAUGUAUGUGAAUUAUGUAUAUAUGUUUGUAUAUGUAUGUAUCAAGAGAGUUAUAUGAAUAUACAUUUCUGUGUAUCAGAAGUGAGGACAAUUGAACUUUGGUAAGUGUUUAAAAUAAAAUUAUUUUGAGUUUUGGAAU